CUCAACCUCUCCAUCACUUCCCCCGCUGCCACCGUGGCUCUGGCACUCAUGUACCUCCGUACCAACAACGCAGCGAUCGCCCGCCGCUUCCAGCUUCCCGACACGCCCUUUGGGCUGGAUUUUGUAAGGCCCGAUUGCAUCACGUUGCGCGCCCUGGGCGCCGCGCUGGUGAUGUGGGACUCCAUCGAGCCGUCGGAGGGUUGGCUGGCUGAAAGCAUGCCGUCGCUG